UGUCUCCAUCCGCAUCCACACUUCAUCCUGUCAACAUCUCUCUCUUCCCACGCCCCUUGGCCCUCACACAAUCCCACCACGACUUCGCAUUGCACGCCUCCGAGUCCCUCCCUUCUGUCGCUGUCGACCCUCUGCACCUAUACACGAGCACCCGUCUCCGGAAUUCGAUGAAUUGAGCACAAACGACUCCGAUGCCAUCGUGACAGGUAGCCAGGGUCCUGCAUUCCUCCUCUGCCGCCUUUCCGGUCAUGGCGCCCCUCGCUUCGCUCUGGCGUCCGGCACGCAUCGCCGCUGCCGUGCUCCUCGGCCUAGCUUGCCGCGCAUCCGUGGCCGGUGCCGAGAUGACGGCUGGAGACUACUACGUUGAGGCGCUACCGGGCGCUCCCGAAGGGGAUCUGACCAAGAUGCAUGCCGGGCAUAUCGAGAUCACCCCCGAGCAUAACGGAAACCUCUUCUUCUGGCACUUCCAGAACCGACACAUCGCGAACCGACAGCGAACCGUCAUCUGGCUGAAUGGAGGGCCCGGCUGCAGUUCUGAAGAUGGUGCGCUGAUGGAGAUCGGCCCCUAUCGCUUGAAGGAUCAGGAUACGCUCGUGUACAACAAUGGCAGCUGGAAUGAGUUCGCCAGUUUACUAUUUGUCGACAACCCGGUUGGAACCGGAUUUAGCUACGUCAACACUAAUAGUUAUGUCCGCGAGCUGGAUGAGAUGGCAAGCCAGUUCGUCGUGUUUCUCGAGAAAUGGUACAAGCUCUUCCCCGAAUACCAGCGCGACGAUAUCUACAUCGCCGGCGAGUCGUUCGCCGGCCAGCAUAUUCCGUACAUUGCCAAGGCUAUACUCGAACGCAACAAGCGGCCUCAGACUCAGGUGCCGUGGAAUCUCAAAGGCUUACUGAUUGGUAACGGCUGGAUCGCCCCUACCGAGCAGUACGAGGCGUAUCUCUCGUUCGCUUACGAUAAAGGCCUGGUAGCUAAGGGUUCCCAGAAGGCGGGCCCGAUAGAUGCUCAGUAUCGCCAGUGCCGCAAGGAGCUGUCGCUGGCGAGCAUGGACCACGUUAGCAACUCGGAAUGCGAGCGGGUGCUUCAAGAAAUACUGCGCGUCACGCAAACCAAAAACUCGAAAGGCGAGUCCGAGUGUUUCAAUAUGUACGACGUUCGCCUGAAAGAUGUGUACCCGAGCUGCGGCAUGAACUGGCCCCCCGACUUGGAACAUCUCGUUCCCUACCUUCGAAAGCCCGAGGUGGUCAAGGCACUACACAUCAAUUCGAAUAAAGUCACGGGGUGGACCGAGUGCAACGGGGCGGUAGGCAACGCAUUCAGCACGCCAAAAUCGAGGGCGUCGGUCGCGUAUCUGCCGGAUAUUCUGAAGGAAGUGAACAUCCUUCUCUUCUCGGGCGCCGAAGACCUGAUCUGCAACCACCUCGGAACGGAAGCUAUGAUCAGCAACAUGCAGUGGAAUGGUGGGAAGGGGUUCGAGCUGUCGCCCGGCAACUGGGCACCCCGCCGCGACUGGACCUUCGAGGGCGAGGCAGCAGGCUUCUGGCAGGAAGCCCGCAACUUGACCUAUGUUCUCUUCUACAACUCGUCCCACAUGGUGCCCUUCGACUAUCCUCGCCGAACCCGCGAUAUGCUCGACAGGUUCAUGGGCGUCGAUAUCACCAGCAUCGGCGGCACGCCGUCCCAGAGCUUCCUAGACGGGGAGAAGCUUCCCGACACCACCGUCGGGGGGGUGACGAACAACACCGACUCGAACCAGGCGGCCAAGGACAAGGAGGUGAACGACGCCAAGUGGGCCGCGUACCGAAAGUCGGGCGAGGUGGUGCUGGCCAUCGUGGCGAUCGGCGCGGCGGUCUGGGGCUUCUACAUCUGGCGCAGCCGGCGGCGGACAGCAGGGUACUCGGGGCUGCCGAUCGUGUCGCAGCCGCCGCGGCGACGCGGUGGCGGGUCGGGGCUCGAGGGGUUCCGCAGCAAGCGGGCGGGGAACCGCGACCUCGAGGCGGCCGACUACGACGAGAGCGAGCUCGACGACCUGCACCUCCGAACGCCGACAGACAUCGAGCGCUACAGCGUGGGUGACGCGAGCGACGAGGACUCGGGAGCCGACGAGAAGGCGAAGACCAAGAACAAGGAUAGCACCCGCGAGAAAAAGGCCGGCAGCGGCGGCGGCAUCGGUGGUAGCAGCAGUAGUAGCCAAUCGUCUGACCGGAAUUAAAAAGGCGUCUGUCGGUAGGCUAGUAACUCGAGACCCGGCGGGGGGGGGGGGGGGGGGGUACAUUUUCUUUUCCGGUUUAACGGCGAAAGCAAGGAAGGGCGUCCAGGG